AUGUCCGUCACUCGCGGUUUCACUGAAGAGGCCGAUAAGCUCCUUGAUUAUAUGGAGCAUGGGAUCUUUGAUGCGCUUCAGAAACAGUACCUUCGUAGCUUCAUCCUCGGCAUAUAUCUGGACAAUGACGAUCCCAAUAACAUUGUCGAAGCCUACACGUUCAAUUUCGACUAUCAAAAAAUUCCUGGGACGGAUAUCACUGUGCCAGUCAUGUCGCUAGAUGCGGACUUGGAGAGGUUGUCACUGAAUGGCAAGAAAACAUUCGAUCCUGUGUCGGACGCAACGAGGCAAGGGAGGGUACCGACUCUCGGGGAGGUGAAAAGAAGCUUGAAGGCGACCACUCAGAUGGAUGCUCUACCGAGGGACGCCAAAAAGGACCGCUGGUUCUUCACUACGCAUGAGAGGUCAGAAGUCCCAGAGAAAUGCAGCAUCGGGUCGCUUCAGACCGGGCAUCACGGAGUCAAUGUUCGCAUAGCCUCGGUGUCCGGUUACCUGCCAUCUACGGAGGACAACAGCGCUCCCUUUUUGGGGACGACGGGCGGUCACACAUACGCAGCUCCAGUUUUGACACCUGCAGAAGAGGCGUCAGUGAGGGUGCAGCAGAUGGAGAUACAACGUCGGGAUGCUAUCGAUCGGCGGGUUGUGUGGGAUGCAGACGACGGUAUGUGUGACGCAGACGCAGAUGGCGAAGAGGACCCAGACUAUAUUCCAGGCUCUAGCGGCGACGGGGGAAGAGUGGAUGAUUCGGGCGUCGAGUUCUUUGCUCCCAUUGGCGUCAGAGAUGAAGCAGGAAACGUUCAGUCGUUGAAUGAACAACAGAGCGGACCUGAUGGGGAAGUUCGCUACACUGGGCGUGUGGACAGCGUACCCAACCGAAUCGCACAAUUGGCGGAGGGCGGAAAGCACUCAGAAGAGCCCAUACAACAGACUCAGCAGCUGGAAGAGACCCAAGUCAUCGAUUCUCCCGCGAUAGCUCCUUCUCCGCUUUCUUCGUCGCCAUCACCUUCACCAUCUCCGACCCCACAGCCUAGGACUCGGAAUCGGACUGCUAGAAGAGUCCCGAGCUUUGAUAGCCCGUUACCUCCUUCCGACAUGCUGCCCGAGUCAAUGACAUCCGGAUCCCCUAUCAUUCACGAGCCCGGCUCCAUCGACACGCAGCUGGUCAAAGACCUCAUAAUCCACGCUUGUACGACGGGCGAAGACACAGACAUGCUUGCUCAAACCGACAAGACGGUGGGAGAAUCCGUAGACGUAGUUGAAUGUGAAUGUGGAGUGACCGUGGAGGACUGCGAUUGCCUUAAGUGUGAAGGCGACUGCAAAAAAUGGUUCCACAUGUGGUGCAUGGGGUUCCAUUCAGCCAAAGACAAGCGGCUUCCUGCACGCUUCGUCUGCUUCGAUUGUCGCGUGAGAGCUGACCAGAACUGGGAACUCAUCGUGGUCCACGACCUCUACCCUCGUAUGACAGAGAGGUUCAAGGACUUGGCGAUCUUCAGGAGGGCCAUCAAAGUCUUUGAAAAGAUGAAGCCAGAUAGCCUGUCUGCAUUCACGAAACUUAUCGCGUGCGACUCGACAGUCGCCGGACAAGUUUUCAAGAGACUUGAGACCGAAGGAUUCAUUGCGCAGGCGGGAGAGACCUUGGACACCGAAUACAAGAUGGACAGGAAGCCCCGAUAUGUCUUCGUCAGCGCAUCGUCCCUGAGCCAAGCAUACAAGGAUUACUUCGACCCGGACCCUGAGGUCGAGAAGAGAGUACUGGGGCUCUCAGACUUGGAGCAGGCGAACCUCGGGUCUCAAACUCAGCAAGAGAGUCAGCUGGCCGGAACCCUUCCGCCUGAUGGUACCGAGAACCAGGCUGCCAGCGGAGAACUAAAGAGGAAGACUAGCAAGACGCCGAACCAGCUCCAGACCAGACCGAGCAAGAGGGUGAAGAUCUCACUUGGACCUGCCGUUGACCUCGGAGACUAG